AAACUUGUCACUUUUGGCAGGUUUAAUUUUUUUGGUUGGAAAAAUAUCAAAGUCGUGAAAUUUGUGGUGCAUUUUUCAUCUAAUUUUCAGCCAUGGCCUCAUCAGCAACUGCUAAAAAGCAGGAUAUGCCUCCACCAGGAGGCUACCAAAAAAUUCCCUUUGCUCGAGUGCCAGCAAGAAGUUAUUUCACCGGUUGGCAAAUGAUCACUGGUUAUGCAGUGAGCACAGUAAUAGGAAUCUACGUUUACUAUUUAACUGCCAAGAAAGUGAAGCGUGAGGAAAUUGAGAUGCGCUCAGCUGAAAAUGUCAUCUUUCCAAUUCUAAUUGCCGAACGUGAUAGAGAAUACUUGAAGCAAUUGCGAAGGAAUCGUGAUGAAGAAGCCAAAUUGAUGGCUAAUGUUAAAGGCUGGGAGGUCGGAACUUGGUAUGGUGAACCUGUCUUUAAAACAUUGCCAAAGGACAAACUCCUUACACCAAUGUUUAAAGAAUUCUACGUUCAUUCUGACUACAAAGAUUACGCUAAGCGUGCUAAUUUGAAAUUGUGGACUUAAAUUGAGUUUAUCAAGUUCAUAGUUAAUUUGUUUAUCUUAUUACUGUGAGGGAAUAUUUUGCGAAUAAAUAACUUUCACACGA